GCAGACAUUGCGAUAACGGCUAGUAGCACAUUCUAGAAGCGUUAGUGAGUGUUCGAACGCUAUCAUCGAACCCGGACACUCGAUUUCCAUCGGGUUUUUCGUCGAAAGUCGAGGGACUAUUUCUCGUUGGCGCAGAGUGCGAGGGAGAAGCGGAACCAAGGAGAGAGAGAGAGAAGAAGAGCGGAAGGAUAUAUCGUGUUGCGCAGACGAACUGACGCACGGUGAUUGUUGUGACAGAAGUGUAGAAGAGUAUAGUGUCGUCGUCUAUUCCAGUUCGGAGUCAGCAAAAUCCGCGUGAAUCAAUCGAGAGGGAAAGGGACCGACGGGAAACGGCACAGAGGAGGAACGGGCCGUUUAAAUUAGUUACUCGUGCCGUCGCGCGAGAACAAUGAAGUUUCAUUAUAAGGAGGGGCACCCUUUCGAAAAGAGGAAGGCCGAGGGUGAAAAAAUACGACGAAAAUAUCCGGACAGGGUCCCUGUGAUCGUUGAGAAAGCGCCUAAAGCUAAAAUUAGUGAUUUGGACAAACAAAAGUUCUUAGUACCAUGUGAUUUGACCGUUGGACAAUUUUACUUUUUAAUCCGGAAGCGAAUUCAUCUUCGUCCAGAAGAUGCCCUCUUCUUCUUUGUUAACAAUAUUAUUCCACCAACCAGUGCCACUAUGGGUUCUCUUUAUGGGGAACAUCACGAAGAAGACUACUAUAUGUAUAUAGCGUACAGCGAUGAGAAUGUGUAUGGACAUUAAAUCACAAUAAAGAAGACAUCAAAAGAAAAGAGCGGACAACAAAAAUUUGCUAUAAAUAUUGUAGUCCUCUUAGAAGCUUUCGGAAGUGUGAACAAAAUUAUGUUUGUUAAAUCUGUUUUUAACUGAAGUUUCGAAUCUUAGCACUGCACAUACUGAACUAAAUUUGUUUCCUUGAGAUAAAUUCAGUUUAUUUGCUGUCGAUAAUAAGGAUGUCUUACUUUCUGUUUCCAUCACUUGCCGCUGGCUAAUGAAACUUAGGGUCAUAGAAACUAAGAAAAACUAAUCAGAGCUGAGUUAUAUGAUCUCGUGUCAUGCCUAGCCUGAUAAUGAAAAAAAAGGAACAAAAAAACUUGAAAAUUAUUAGAAAGAUAUACUUUACAACAUGAGGAGUGACUAACUUCACUGUUGCUAAACAUAUUAUUGACAUACAUAAUGAUCAUAGAAAAAUAAUUACUAAUACUUUAAAACCAUGAAAAAUUUGUAAUUCAAUGUAGAUGUUUUAUGUGAUAUUUUCUUUUAUUUAGCCUAGUAUUAAUUCUAUGUUCAUGAUUUAUACUUAAUCAAUUAUAAAGAAAUGGAAAGGAGUUGAUGAACAUUAUGGCAAGGUGAAAAUUUCUUGUAAUGCCUGGAUGUGGGCCAAUAAAAAAAUAUAAAAAGCGAA